GAACUGUGAGCUAAAAUGCAGUCUCCUGGAAAAUCACUGAAGGAAGCUUUGCUCUGUGCUCAGAACGAGGAUCGACUCACUGUCGGAGUCUACGAGAGCGCUAAAAUUAUGACUGAUGACCCGGACAGCGUGUCUUUCUGCGUCCUGGCCGUGGAUGAGGAGUUUGAGUGUGACAUCGCUCUGCAGAUCCACUUCACCCUCAUCCAGUCCUUCUGCUUCGACAACGACAUCAGCAUCGUCAGAGUGAGCGACAUGCAGCGUCUGGCUGAGAUUGUUGGUGACAAGUCGGAGCAGCUGGAAGAUGCGCACUGCGUCCUCAUCACGAACCCAGCUGACGGGUCUUGGGAGGACCCUGCUCUGGAGAAGCUGCACCUGUUCUGUGAGGAGAGCCGCCGUCUGAACGACUGGGUCCCCGAGAUCAGCCUGCCCGAGCGUUGAUCCGGGGCCUCGGCUCCUCUCUGUUGCUCAGAUGCUGUGAAGCUUCUUAUCUGGAAAUACUCAUCCUGAACAGGAUGACCCUGUUUCUACUCAUCCCUGGAUACUCCUGAGGAGGAUUCCCGUCCAGGCAGCACGGCGCCGGCCCGAGGGGCCCCCCGUGAACCGUCGCCUCUUGUCCCGUCCAUGCCAAGAUGACUCUCAUUCUUUAUGUGAAUGAGGUCAGGUAUGCCACAAGAGCGACACAUCGACCCUCAUUCUUUGUGCGGAUGAGGUUUG